UAAAAAAAAAAGUGUACAGUACCAUACCAGGAAAAGAUCGUGAGUAGAGUAUGAGGCGGCCAAACAAGUUUUUAAUUCAGGAUUUUAACAUUCUCGUGUCUUGGUUAUAAACUUUUAAUUGUUUUUUUCCGUGCAGUACGCCGUAAAGAUAGCAUCUUUUAAAAUGGAAUGCAGAAAGGUGCAUAUCUUGCCCACAGGAGAUAUUCCUGCAGCGGUUUGUUCUUUUGUAGCAGAAAGCAGCCGCAGUGCCAUCGCAGCUCGAGGGGCUUUCUACCUGGGAGUUUCGGGAGGAAGUGUGGCCAAGUUCUUGGGUGACGGACUUCCUGAAAUUAGUGACCUGCAGUGGGAUAAAUGGCACAUUUAUUUCUGCGAUGAGCGACUCGUUGAAUUUGACCAUGCAGAUAGCACUUACAAAAUAUACAAGGAAAAGUUGAUUGGAAAGACUAGCCUCCCUGAAAGUCAGCUGUAUGGAAUCAAACCCAAUCUUCCAGUGGAGGAAGCGGCCAAGGACUAUGCAGAGGUGGUCAAGAAAGUGCCUGCAGCAGAAGGGUCCCAGUGGCCUGUGUUUGAUCUUCUUGUGUUAGGCAUGGGCCCAGACGGACAUACAUGUUCGCUCUUUCCAGGUCACAAGCUUCUUGAGGAGACAUCAUUAGUGGUUGCCCCCAUCUCAGAUUCUCCCAAGCCCCCACCUUGUCGUGUCACCUUUACCUAUCCAGUCAUCAAUGCAGCCAGGAGUGCCUUAUAUGCAUCCGCCGGGGCCGGCAAGGCGGCUACGCUCCAGAGAGUACUUGAAGGCAAUGAAGACCCUCCCCUGCCGGCUUCAAGGGUGAAGCUAUCAAAUGGGACAGUUCACUGGUUUAUAGACCAACCAGCAGCAGCAGAGCUAAAGGCUUCUUACUGAAGUAAAACUAGUUCCGUCAUCAAGCACACAAGGGACUAGGAUAGUGCUACAGACCGCUGAAGUUAUUGGUAAACAAUGAAAGAGAAAGCAACUCAGUUGAGGCAGGUUCAAUGUAGUCAGGGUACUUUAGCCAGUGUUUUCACUCUUCGUGAAUUUCAGGUAAUUUCAUUAAAUGAAAUAAUUCCGGGAAAUGUUAGGAAAAUUGAACAAAAAUCUUCUUUUUUAAAAAAUCAUGUUUACUAAAAAAAAAAAAAGUUCUUUCAAAUAUUUGUUUAGCGUUAGAUAUUUAGAAAUGUAUAGGUCAUCCAUUGGCCUCUGAAUCAAGUUUAAAUUUGUGCUCACUUGCUUUGCUCACUCGCAAACUUGGAAGUUUAAAGUUGAUAUUUCUGGUGCAACAAAAGAUGUGUGGCGUUAGCCUAGCUCCCUAGUAAUUUGUUAAAGAGAACAAAAAAUGGCAUGUAGGAGGCAGUUUGAAAAAAAAUGAAGCAAAUGCCAUCAAAUUGACGUUUUAUUUCUGGAAAGUUUUAGUUUGACAAGUGGAAACAUUCCUUUAGCCCUAAUAAAGUUAAACAUUGAGUAGAGGUAGUGAGGUGCCAAAUGAAUGUUUCCCUUUUCUACUUUUCAGCUUUAAAUCACUUUUUUUCUUCUUUUCGAACUGACAAAUCAUUUGAGAAAUUUAAUUCACCCUAAUAUUGUAUCAUGUACAUCAUUUGAAAUAGGUACAUAUUUCCAUUUUUUAAAAAUAAUGCUUGUAAAUUUGUUGUAAUGCAUCUGAUAUUACCGAUCAUUUCAUUCAUUCUUCACUCCUGAUUGGCGAAUCAGGCCCCAAAUAUGGAUGUUAUAUGUCUGUGUAUUCUAAGAAAACACAACAAAAGGUGUAUUUUCUUUCAUGAAUCAUAUGUUACAUGAUCAGUACUAACGAUGAAAUAGCUGAAAGCUGACUUAUCAAUUAUCUCUGUCUGUCUUCUACUUAGAGACAACCUGCUUCUCAAUGUUGAUUUUGAAAGAAAAACUAACUUUCUUUAACUAAGUCAAUGGCUAUUGAAAUAAAAGGUAAUGUUAACAAAAUUUGUUAUUUUAAAGCAUCUUCUUUAUAUCAGGGUAAUACUGCCAUCAAAUGAAAAGUUGUAGUUCAUUUUUU